AGUCCAUCUCCUACAAGAAAAAGUGUACCUCUUGUCAGGGUACUUACGUUAUAAUGUAGACUGGAAGAGUUUGCAUCGUAUCAGAUCUGUUACUAUGGUGUACAAGAAAAUUUCUAAGACCUGGUCAGUUUUAGAUACGUCUCUUAGUGGUGCCCCAUCACAGUAAAGAAAAUAAUGCAAUUCGUUACUACCCAAGCGCCUACCAAAUGAAGACAAUCCUGAUCGAAGCUAAAAUUCUGCGAGUGCUCUGGAGGUGCAAAUUAUUACUGAUCUAUUCUCUGGUCGGAUGAAACCUAAAUUAAAUUGAACGGGCGAAUUAACCGUCACUUUUCCAUUUAUUAGUCAUCUGAGAACCGUUACAAAAUAAUUAGAUGAUCCUGGUAUAACAGUAUGAAUUGGAAAGGAAGAUGCUUAGCAAGAACUAACUGAGAUUUUGAAAGUUUAAAAACGAGAAGUUGAUUCUUUUAGUAUUGAUACACGGAUAGACAUGUUACAAUUUUAAUUGAGUGGAUUACUUUUAAUUAUUUUCAAUUAAUAAUAUAUAACAAAAGUUUUUUUUUAGUAUCUCUCAUCGCCAAUUAAUGACUUGGUUUCCAUCAAUCGACAUGCAACGAACAAAUUUUUGUAAACGGAAAAUUGAUAAUCAUGAAAAUAUUUCAUGUUUGGAUUCAAUCCAGCCGAGUUAAUAUAUUCACAAUUUACCGAAAUACAUUUACGAUAUUUCGUUGCGUUCUCGAGUUAUUUUUAAAUUUUUGAAGCUCGGGAAACUAGAACAUAGACCAACGAAAUUUCAUUCAAGCAAUUUUUUUCAUAAAAUGUGUUAUAUAGUGAAGGUGUUUGUAUCUUUUUAGUUCAAACAAAAAUUGAUUAUUCAAGUUUGGGUUAAAAACGUCGAGGGAUGUCGAAGUUUUGCUAAAAGGCAUAACUAACUAAAAUAUUAAAUAAUUCGCUUGUUUAUGAACAAUUAUUUAAGGUAAAAAUGAGCGAAAAGUGUGAAAUUUGCGGCGAACCUUCAGAAUUGAAAUGCUCCGCGUGCAAAUCGGUUUCUUACUGUGGUAAAGAACAUCAGAAACAAGGAUGGAAAGAUCAUAAGAUUUUAUGCAAACCAUACGAAAUACAAACCGAUCCUGUUUAUGGAAAAUGUCUGGUAGCAACUCGAGAUAUUAAGCCGGGAGAUAUAAUUUUAUCAGAAUUACCACUGGUAUAUGGUCCAAGACCGCAUAUGGUAGAGGAAGGUCCUGUACCUUGUCCAGGAUGUUGCAGGUUGAUAAUAGGAGAGCAAUCGGCGAGGUGCGAAGGAUGUGAUUUUCCAAUUUGUCAUCCAGAUUGUUCCGGUCUCAAAGAUAUGGAUAGACACGGUCACGAAUGUGUUAUUUUAGGAUUACGUGACGUGAAAGCUUUAAACGGUCUUCAUGAUUUCUACCGACAAGACGCACUUUUGGCUUUGAGAUGUCUCUUACUUCAAAACAGGCAUCCUAAAAAAUAUGCACAGUUAAUGAAUAUGGAAGGUCACAUGGAAAAACGAGGUUCCAAUACAGAAAUUUACAGCGCAAUUGAAGAACGAAUAGUAAACUAUUUACAUGAAAAUUUCUUCCAUCCGAUGACCAUCUUAGAAGGAAGAUCCGGUAAAAAAGUUUUGAAUGACAUUUCUAAAGAAACUAUUCAUAAAAUAUGCGGAAUUAUUGAUAUAAACGCAUUGGAAAUAAAUCAAAACGCAGAAAUUACUGCCAUAUAUCCGACAGUUUAUUUACUAGAACACAACUGUUUACCCAAUACGACCCACGUCUUUGAUAACGACGGUUACAAGAUUACCCUCAAAGCUACGUUGCCAAUCAAAGCCGGUGAUCACAUUACAACUAUGUAUACUCAUUGCCUUUGGGGUACGCAAGCUAGGAGAGAGCAUCUUAGAGAAACGAAAUACUUCGAUUGCCAGUGUCAACGUUGCAAAGAUCCUACCGAAUUGGGUUCCUAUUUGAGUGCAUUAAAAUGCCUCGGUACCGAUGGCGAACCCUGUGGUGGUACUCAGCUUCCAAUUAACCCCGUUGACGACAAAACGGAAUGGACCUGUGAUAGUUGCUCGGUUAAAUUGACCAAUGAAGAAGUAGGUUUUUUAGUAAACGGUAUUGGCGAAGAAGUCGAUCAUGUUCAGCUCACCAAUCCUACAGUUAAAGACUUAGAAGCGUUAUUGACUAAAAUGAAUACGUUUUUACACCCUAAUCAUUAUCACGUUUACGCUGUUAAACAUUCUUUGAUACAAUUAUAUGGUUAUCAGCAAGGUUAUACUCCUACACAAAUUACUGAUGACUGUCUGGUAAGAAAAGCGACUAUGUGUAGAGAAUUAUUGGACAUAACCAACAAAAUCGACCCUGGAAACGCAAGAUUGGCUGUUUAUCGAGCAGUUCUUCUUCACGAAUUGUACUUGGCAGAUUGGAUCACCAUCAAGAGAAAAUGGGACCUUGGAAUUAAAGCUAAAGUUAAAUCUGUUUUAAUGAUGUUGAAUGAAUGUAAAAACUGUUUAACGCAACUUCAAGAGGUAUUGAAGAACGAAAAAAAUACUCCGGCUGGAGAUAAACUGAUAAAUUUGGUGGAAAAUUCUAAAAAAGAAUUUAACAAAUUCAUCGAACGAAAUAAAAUUGAUUUAUCAUCGCAACAUAACGGAAAUACUAUUAAUGGAACCGAUAUAGAAAAAUAAGUAUUUUUUUAAUUGCUGAACGUGAAUUUUGUAACUAAAUAUACUUGUGACUAUUCGAUUCAUCUAUUUAAUUCCACCUUUAAGCAGUGUCACUUAAUCUGCGGGACUGUGACUCCUUAAAAUGUGGAAGACAAAAAAAAUAUUAUCAGUUUUUGAAACUGCGAAGUGUCAUCAGUUUAGACCAAGUUUCUUCUAUAUAGAUGGCGUUAUCAUGUAUAUUUUUUAGGUUAGGUUUUUUAAUAAUGUUCUAAGAAUAGAAAGUUGGUCUGAUCACGUUAGAAAGAAAAAAAUUAAGAGAAGAGAAUGAACAAAUAAUAAAAUCGAAAUUUUUUUAUAAAAUUAAUUUAGUUAGACUAAUAGGUCGUUGUUUAGAAAACACGUUCCAAUUACAUUUGAGGAAAGCAUUUCACACUUUAAAUCGACAUAAUUGAUCAUAUAAUAUUAACGAAUUGAAUAUUAAAUAGUUUUAAAUAAAUUGCAACUAAACAGACUGAUCUUAAAGUCGAUAGAAGACGAAUAGAUUGCAACGGACAUUUUCCAGAAUGUCGUGGGAGCAUUCAACAGUGGGACUAGAAGAUCAAUUAAUAAUGCAAUGAGUAAAAGGGACACACCUGAUAUAACAUAAAGAGGAAUAGAGGCUAAUCUGGAAAACGGAGUAGAAGAAUCUACUCUGGGAAAAGUUACCAUCAAAACAAGAACCAACGGAGGUUGGGGACAGUCCGUGUCCAGAAAAUACAGCUACAGCAGGUUUAAAGUCACUAGUGCUAGGGGUAACGAAGAUUGUACAUGCCAAAUAAAUGAAAUACCUCGAUAUGUUUCGAUCAUAGGUUCAGAUGGAAACAAAGAAAAAGCUCCAAUGUCUGCGGAGUUGCAAAAACAGGUCAUAAUUCACGGCGAACCGAAAAGUUGACAGGAAAUUAAUUUAGAUGUAGACACAGGAGACUUUGUGCAGAUCAAAGGAAAAAAUUGUGCAACACAUUUUAGGUCACUAUGUGUGACAAAAUUGAAUUUAGAUGGAAAAUAUUAUCUAGAUAAAGGGGGUGACACUAUAAAAUACUAAUUAUUAUAUUAUAGUAUUAAUAUAAAUCUAGAUGAAAUCACACUUGUCCAACUAGUGAAUUACAUAAUCAUUUUUUAGACAGUUUUUAUUCAUAAAAGAAAAA